GCAAUCACGGAUGUGGCUUCAUACUUGCAAGUGCCCCAGAUAGUUGGUCCUGAGACAGUAGACUAGCCUCUGGAAUGAAUCCAGAAGAGCAAAUCGUGACAUGGCUGAUAUCUUUGGGAGUUUUGGAUUCCCCCAAAAAGACCAUCUGUGAUCCGGAAGAGUUCUUGAUGUCUUCACUGAAAAAUGGGGUAGUGCUGUGUAAACUGCUCAACCGACUUCUGCCUGGCUCAGUGGAGAAGUACUGUCCGGAGCCCCAAACAGAAGCCAGCUGCCUCAGCAAUAUCAAUGAAUUCCUGAAAGGAUGUGCGUCUCUGCAACUGGAGGGAUUUAAUCCUGAUGACCUUUAUUCAGGGGUCAAUUUCUCCAGGGUUGUGACUACUCUCUUAGCUGUUAACAAAGCAACAGAAGAUCAGCUAUCAGAAAGACCAUGUGGACAUUCCUCUUCUCUUAGUGUUGCUAAUACUUCUCAGACAAACCCAGAGGGAGCGGUUUCUAGCACAGCUCCAGGGCCCCAAAGGCAGUCAAAGGCAGUGGAGAUGACAGAGAAUGGAAGUCACCAGUUGAUAGUGAAGGCAAGAUUCAACUUUAAGCAGACUAAUGAAGAUGAACUAUCUGUCUGUAAAGGAGACAUCAUUUAUGUCACUCGAGUUGAAGAAGGAGGCUGGUGGGAAGGCACAUUAAAUGGAAGAACAGGCUGGUUCCCUAGUAAUUAUGUUCGAGAAAUUAAAGCCAGUGAGAGACCUCUCUCCCCCAAGGCUGUCAAAGGAUUUGAAACCGCUCCACUUACCAAGAAUUAUUAUACUGUGGUCUUACAGAACAUCUUGGACACCGAGAAAGAAUAUGCUAAAGAACUCCAGUCUCUGCUUGUUACUUACCUAAGACCCUUGCAGUCCAAUAACAAUCUGAGUACUGUGGAAUUUUCAUCUUUACUGGGAAACUUUGAAGAAGUAUGUACAUUUCAACAGACACUCUGCCAAGCCUUGGAAGACUGCUCCAAAUUUCCAGAAAACCAACACAAAGUAGGAGGUUGCCUACUGAAUCUCAUGCCUCAUUUUAAAUCUAUGUAUUUGGCUUACUGUGCCAAUCAUCCUUCUGCUGUGAAUGUGCUCACCCAACACAGUGAUGCUCUGGAACAAUUCAUGGAAAAUCAAGGCGCAUCCAGUCCAGGUAUUCUCAUUUUAACAACGAGCCUCAGUAAACCUUUCAUGCGCCUAGAAAAAUAUGUUACUCUUCUCCAAGAGUUGGAACGGCAUAUGGAGGAUACUCAUCCCGAUCAUCAGGAUAUUCUAAAAGCAAUCAUAGCAUUCAAAAUGCUCAUGGGACAGUGCCAAGAUCUGAGGAAGAGAAAACAACUAGAACUGCAGAUACUUUCCGAACCUAUUCAGGCAUGGGAAGGGGAGGAUAUUAAGACCUUGGGUAGUGUAAUCUUUAUGUCACAAGUCAUGGUGCAGUAUGGAACUUGUGAGGACAAAGAGGAACGGUACCUUAUGCUAUUUUCAAACGUCCUGCUAAUGUUAUCUGCGAGUCCUCGGAUGAGUGGUUUUAUCUAUCAGGGAAAAAUAGCAGUAGCAGGAAUGGCAGUGAGUAGAUUGGAUGACACUGACGGGAACGACUGGGCAUUUGAAAUCACAGGUAACAUAAUAGAGAAAGUUGUGAUCUAUUGCAACAACAACCAGGACUUCCAGGAAUGGUUAGAGCAUCUGAACAGACUAACCAGAGGACCCACCUCUUGCAGUUCAUUAUCCAAAACUUCAUCAUCAUCGUGUAGUGCUCAUUCUUCUUUUAGCUCUAUUGGACAACUUCGAGGACCCUUGGAACCUCCUCAAAUUAUAAAGCCUUGGAGUUUAAGUUGUCUACGACCUGCACCUCCACUUAGACCAUCAGCAGCACUAGGUUAUAAAGAGAGGAUGUCUUAUAUCUUAAAGGAGUCUAGUAAAAGCCCCAAAACAAUGAAGAAGUUUCUUCAUAAAAGGAAGACUGAGAGAAAAACAUCUGAGGAGGAAUAUGUGAUUAGGAAAAGUACAGCUGCUCUGGAAGAAGAUGCUCAGAUCCUUAAGGUGAUUGAAGCCUACUGCACCAGCGCCAAUUUUCAACCAGGUGCUCGCAAAGAUUCUGUGCCACAAGUCUUACUCCCUGAGGAAGAGAAACUCAUCAUUGAGGAAACCAGAAGCAAUGGCCAGACUGUCAUUGAGGAAAAGAGCCUUGUUGAUACUGUUUAUGCCUUGAAGGAUGAAGUCAAAGAACUGAAGCAGGAGAAUAAAAGAAUGAAGCAAUGCCUGGAGGAAGAACUCAAGUCAAGAAAGGACCUAGAAAAGUUGGUUCGGAGACUGUUAAAGCAAACAGAUGAGUGCAUUCGAGCUGAAUCCAGCAGCAAGACCUCUGUUCUUCCAUAACCAACACUGUACUGCUGGGCAGUGUGCCUUCAGCUCAUCUUGAAAUGUCCAGCUGAACAAUUGGACUCAGUUUGCUCACUUA